CUUUCUCUCUCUCCCUCUGUCUCCCUCUCUCUCUCUCUCUCUGUUGGAGGGGGUGUAUGCAGCUGUGUGUGUGUGUGUGUGUGUGUGUGGGAGGAGGGUGUAUAUAACAGUGUAUGUGUGUAUCAGACUUUGCUCAUGUCUUGGUUGUGUUGGAGCAACAUGGCAGCAUCGUACCUCUGUCUGAUCCGCCACAGGUCUAAACGGAGACGCAAAAAACGCUCUGAGCGUAAAGGUCGCGCUCAGACUCCACAGACGUUUCACGGCGUGAAUGUGGAUGAAGACGAGAAUAUGAGUUCAUGCGGCACAGACGUUAAAGAGAACUGCAAUCUGGAUAACUUUACAUACAAGGCGGGGCUACAAACAGGCAAUAGAAAUGCCCCGCUGGGGUCCAGACGCAAGCGGCCACUGGAGGAGGGCAACCGAGGCCAUGCCCAUUCCAAAUUCCGUCCCAAAAGGCGCAAGAAAGCGCCGGGUCCGAUGCUGCCGAAGAACGCGCUCAUGCAGCUGAAUGAGAUCAAACCGGGCCUCCAGUACAAACUCCUGUCCCAGACAGGGCCGGUUCAUGCUCCUGUCUUCGCCAUGAGCGUGGAGGUCAACGGGCAGCGCUUUGAGGGGGCGGGACCCACGAAGAAGAAGGCCAAGCUGAAUGCAGCAGAAAAGGCUCUGCGCUCUUUUGUUCAGUUCCCCAACGCGUCUGAAGCUCACGUGGCCAUGGGCCGUACAUUUAGCAUCAACACGGACUUUACCUCGGACCAAGCCGAUUUCCCAGAUGCCCUCUUUAACGGAUUUGAAACGCCUCAUGAUCGGUUCUGCAGCAUUUCCAGCACCAACGGUACCUUUCACCCCCGGAGCGAGUGCCUGACACCUGUAUCGGCACCACAGGCAGUACUUGUUGGCCAUGGGAAGAAUGCAGUGAUGAUCCUCAACGAGUUGCGGCCAGGUGUCAGAUACGAGUUUGUGGCGGAAAGCGGAGAGAGCCACGCUAAGAACUUUGUGAUGGCUGUAACGGUGGACUCUCAGGUUUUUCAAGGAUCGGGCCGGAAUAAGAAGCUGGCGAAGGCACGUGCGGCUCAGGCGGCACUUUCAGGCCUCUUCAACAUGCAGUUGGACCAAACGCCGUCUAGACAGCCCAUACCGAGAGACGGUCUACAGUUACACCUGCCACAGGUCCUAGCAGAUGCUGUGUCUCGGCUUGUGGUGGAAAAGUUCAGUGAGCUGACUGACAACUUCAUAUCACCUCAUGCUCGACGGAAAGUCCUUGCCGGUGUUGUUAUGACAACAGGGACUGAUGUGAAGGAUGCACAGGUGAUCUGUGUUUCCACGGGAACCAAGUGCAUAAAUGGGGAGUACAUGAGUGACCGAGGCCUGGCAGUAAACGACUGUCAUGCUGAGAUCAUUGCACGCCGCUCACUAAUCAGAUACCUGUACAGUCAGCUGGAGUACUUCCUCAGUAACAAUCCUGAGCAUCACGAGAGCUCCAUAUUCCGGCGGUGUGAACAGUAUGGCUUCCAGCUGAAGGAUGGUGUUCAGUUCCACCUGUACAUCAGCACCUCGCCGUGCGGAGACGCCCGGAUCUUCUCGCCGCACGAAGCCGCAGUCGAGGAUCAGGGAGACAGACACCCAAACAGGAAAGCCAGAGGACAGCUGCGCACUAAGAUCGAGUCUGGUGAAGGAACCAUCCCGGUCCGCUCCAGCAACACCAUCCAGACGUGGGACGGAGUCCUGCAGGGGGAGAGGCUACUCACCAUGUCCUGCAGUGAUAAGAUCGCCAGGUGGAAUGUGGUGGGUGUGCAGGGUUCUCUGAUGAGUUAUUUCUCAGGCCCUAUCUAUUUCUCCAGUAUAAUCCUGGGUAGUCUGUACCAUGCAGAUCACCUCAGCAGGGCCAUGUACCAGCGUGUCGCAGAUAUAGAGGAGUUACCACAACCCUUCACCCUCAACAGACCACUGCUCAGCGGAAUCAGUAACGCAGAAGCCCGGCAGCCCGGUAAAGCUCCAAAUUUCAGUGUGAACUGGACGGUGGGGGAUCAGGGGUUAGAAGUCAUCAAUGCCACCACAGGGAAGGAUGACCUUGGCCGACCGUCUCACCUCUGCAAACACGCCCUGUACAGCCGCUGGGUUCGUCUGCAUGACAAGCUUUCUCAGACUCUGAGGAUCCGAGUGGCUCGACCUGCUUCGUAUCACGAGGCCAAACAGGCUGCAGCAGAUUACCACUCCGCCAAGCAGACUCUGAUUAGAGCUUUUCAGAAGGCGGGUCUCGGUGCCUGGGUGAAAAAGCCCAUCGAACAGGACCAGUUCUCCCUCACUCAGUGAUGGAGAGAGAGAGAGUGAGAGAGAGAGAGAGAGAGAGAGAGAGGGGAAUAAAAUCGACAGCACAAGUCUGUUUUUAACUGUUCAGCAUCUAACAGUUAGCACGCAUCCCGCAGCACCUCUCAGUUUGACCUCACCGCUCUGUCCAGUUUUGUUCUGCUUUGUGGCUUUGAGAAUUGUGUCAUUAUUUUUAUUAUUUAAGUGUUAUUUUAAAUGUACAUAACUGUGUAUGUGUGUGUAUUUUAACAUCAGGAGUCAGUGAUUCGCCAACUGGAUUUUUAUUAAUUAGUUUGUUAUGAUUUACAGUUUUAUCAUUUAUUUAUUCGUCAGUCUGAUCUUUAAUAAUCAUAAUCACUCUCCAUGAAGUGUUCCUCAAAUCCUCACUGCUGAAGAACAUCUGCUCCGAAAAUGUUUCUCCUUCAUUAUGUUUUUGACUUUCAUCCCCUGGCGCGGGUGCAUGCUCGAAUCUGAUUGGCCAGAAGGUGUGUGUUAUUUCUGUGUAACAGCUCUGUACAGGCUCCAGCUUCAUCAUGAACAUCAGGUUUAUACUAGAAGGCUGAACGUCCAUGAUGGUUUGACAGAGCCUGCUGAAAACACUGAAAGCUUCAAAUGAUAAAAGCUUUAAAAGUUUUUUUUUCAGUGAUUUUUUUUUUUUUUUUAAUAAUUUUUAAGUGUUAAUGCUAUUUCCUAUGAUAACCCAAAGGGCUGCUAGGAUGUUGCUAGGUGGCUAUUAAUCUGCCCUGGUGGUUGUUAUGGUGUUGCUAAGAGAUUUCAGUAUGGUCCAAGUUGUUAGCUAGGUUGUAAUUCAGUUGCUAAGGACUCCUCUGGUUGCUAAGGAUUUAGCAUGUGCUCAAAUCUUGUGAAUGAUGAAUUGAUAUUGAACGUAUUCCCAUGAGGAAUUAUAACACACUUUGCAGUGUUGCUACAUGGCAACCUGUAAUUCCUCAAAAUCUUUCCCAAAAACACAGCGAUCCUGCCAGAUUCUGUGGCUCUACGUCUAAAACUGUGAGGAAUAAUAAGAAGAGUAAGAAGAACAGAAUGUAGACUCUGUCAAUCCAACACCAUGAAUUUGCUUAUUCUAAUAUGUUAUGGUUUCCAUAGUAACAGCUCUUAAACCGAGACUUUAUGGCGAACGCUCAGCGUAAUCUAAGCCUAAAAAAUCAACAGAUUUUUUUAAACAAAGCCGAGAGUGUUAAAUAAAUGAACAAAAAGGUGAGAGAUACAGUGAUGGUGUGAUAAAGGGAGGGAUGUUGAGGGUUCUUGGCAGGAUGUGGUCACCUUGUCCAUGGUGAUGUCCAUGAGCUGUUCUCACAGCAUGUGAUGAUGACCAGAGACCCCAGUGUGUUACAUCACAUGGUCUUUAUACACUUUGUUCCUUUUUCUUUAUUAAUUAUUACAACUAUUUCCUGUUUUUUUGUUUUUGUUUGAUUGUAAGUGAAUAAUCCUCACCUCUGUGAAGGUUGUGAUGAUUCUACUAUCUUUUUUUUUUUUUUUAAUAAGAAAUUGAGUUUUUAUCUUUCUUCUCUUCCAUGUCCCUGUUUGGUUGCAGCCUGAAUACUGAUCCAACACUUGCAUGAAUUAGGGCGGGGUUAUGCAAAUGAACCAGCUUUAUUUGGGGGGCAUGGUUUUCAUUCAUGUACACAGUUUUAAUGGAUAAUUCUUGCUUGAAGAGUUUGUUGUUGUUUUUGGUUAAAUUUGGUUUUACCUUUUUAAACUAUUUUUUCUUUACUGUGUCCACUGUUACAUGUGAAUGUUGAUUUAUUUAUUUAUUAAAAAAAGUGAAUUUUAAUUAAGCUGUAACUGAGGGCCUCCAGGGACAUGUUAGAGUCAUCCUCUUUCCUCUGAUUGAUUGUUUUUUAAAUAUAACUCUGCUGUACAGAGACACAUAUCAGGCACAGGAAUAUGUGAAUAAAAGCUCUAAUGACUCUUAUUAAUUAAUUAAUUAAUUUAUUUAUUUAUUUAUUUUUGUACUUAUUUACUUUAUUUAUCAUUCAUUCAUUCAGCUCUGUGUGCACUGUGAACCUGAACAACCUGAAGGAAGGUCCAGUCUUGCUCUGUUUUUUUUAUACAUGAUCACCUUCACAAAAGCAUCAAAAAUGACCAAAAUAUAGAAAAGGUUAGCGCACCCCUGUCCACACCUGCCAGGAGAGGUGUGUGAAGCUGCAGGAACUUGCAACUUGCAAGGUUCUCCUUAUUCAGUAAGCAAUGUGCUCAUGUGUUGAUUUAACUCUUCUUAAAGCUCUAAUCGUCAGUGAUGGAUAAGUUAUUAUUCCAUCCCUAAUGAGAAGGUCAGCUCCACUGUCUGACCAGACGUCUGUGUGUGAACCUGGUUUAUGACGACAUCCAUGUCCAGCACAAAGUCCUGAUGAGGUGGAAGCAUUGAGGAAUACACAGUUUGGCUCUGUUUCGGUGGGGCCACCUUGCGUAUGUUCUCCUGUGUAGUCGGUGUUCUACAGCUUAACUUUAAGUUGGCCAGAAAGUUGCAUAGCAUCAGAAGGACCAGUGCUGCGAACAGGCAGAUGACCACAAAGCUGCCCACGCUGUAGACGUUGUGGAGUUCUUCAAAUGAAGUUUUGUAGAGGAAAGCCUUGUAAGCUAAGGACAUUUCCUGUGGAGCGUCAAAUCCAAAAGUACUGGGCACCAUCACUUCUUUCUUCUCGAGAUAAGCACAAAGGUUUAAAUGAAACGUGGAAGCCGAGCUCAGCCCUGCUUUUAUAGUUCACCCUGUCUCCAGGUCACCACUGUUCCUUCCUUGGACCACUUUUGAUAGAUACUGACCACUGCAGACCGGGAACACCCCACAAGAGCUGCAGUUUUUGCAGUAGUUAAGCUCAAUAUUGUCUCAGCACUGUUCAGUGUCUGUCUGUCUGUCUGUCACUAACUGAAACCCCUAAACCUCACCCUGCAAAAAGUCUAAAAUCAGUUCCUUACAUAAGUAGUGUCUCCCAGGUAUUUGAUUACAAAGAGAUUUUUAUUUUUCAUUUAUUUAUGCAACAAGUCUUCAUCUGAUUAAAUAUGAAUUUAUGUUGUCUUACUUUACAAAUCCAUAACUCUAGUCUUUGAAUGAUGUUGGACUCCAGAUGUUUGUGUCAUGGUGAAAACUAAACUUUUACCACAGUUUGUGGGUAACACCAAAAUCAGUGGAAACACCAGUGAAAGUUAACACUGCAUCAGUAAAAAGCUGCUGAUAUAAUAGUUUUUAAAUCAUAUAAGGUCAUUUAUUACACAUUUAUUACACAUGCCUGAAAACACAGCAUUUUACAGCAGUCAAGAAAGUCUGACCGCUGCUAGUGUGUAGUAGUGUCCUUAUGUGGGGCUGCAUGAGUGCUGUUGUUGUCGGGGAGCUGCAUUUCACUGACAGUAUCAUGAUGUACAGAUGUGCCGCUCUAUACUGAAAGAGAUGUGACCAUUGCUCCAUGCCCUUGGUCAUCGUGCUCUUUUCCAACAGGACAAUGAUUCUAAACACACAUCUAAGGCCACUGAUGCAUUUCUGAAGAAGAACAGGGUGAAAGUGAUUCAGUGGUCAAGCGUCUCCUGAUCUGAACUGAAUUGAACACCUAUGGGGAAUUCUGAAGAGACCAGUUGAGCAUCACUCUCCAUCCAGCAUCCAGUCUCUAAAAGAGGUUUUUCUUAAAGAAUGGAAAAAGAUAGAUGCUGCAAAAUGUCACCAGCUUGUUCAUUCCAGGCCUAGAAGACUUGGUGCUGUCAUUAAAAAUCAUGGAGGCCAUUCAAAACACUAGAUGUAGUAGUUUUUGU